AUGAAUAGAGAAGAGUCAAUGACGUUGAUGAUGCUUCCUAAUGAUUUGAUAUUAAACUGCAUAGCCCGUGUUCCGAGAUUAUACUACCACACUCUCUCCUUAGUUUCCAGUAGAUUCCGCUCCCUCCUUGCUUCAACUGAGCUUUACCAAACACGAAUCCUCUUAGGCUGCACAGAGAGUUGUCUCUACGUGUGCUUAAGAUUCCAUACGAGCAAACAACAACGAUGGUUCAGUCUCUGCGGGAGACCAAAUAGCUCCAAGAAUGUUUUGGUCCCAAUUACAUCUCCCAAUUCUCCUUCUACGUACCAGUCAGAUAACGCAAGGGUUGGUUCUGAUAUCUAUGCCAUUGGUGGAUUCACAAAGGAUAACAAUGCAUCUUCUAGAGUCAUGGUCAUGGACUGUCGUUCCCACACAUGGCGUGAGGCCCCAAGCAUGCGGGUGGCACGAGAGUCCCCUUCUGUUUGCGUCCUUGAUGGAAAAAUAUAUGUGACCGGAGGCUGCAAAAAUCUCGAUGCAACUAACUGGAUGGAGGUAUUCGAUACGAUGCAUCAAACUUGGGAGUUUGAGUCGUCAAGUCCUGGCCAGAAAAUACGUAGCGGUAUUAGGUAUCAAAGCGUAGGGUAUGAUGGAAGUGUCUACGUGAAGUGUAUUGAGAGACUUGUUGUGACUUACAAGCUGAAUAAAGGUAGAUGGAGAGCCGGAGGCUAA